AUGGCUGUUGUUGUACUUCAAACAUUCUUCAAUCGAGAGGAUGAUAUGUAUUAUAUGUGUGAAAUUGUGAUGGAAAUGAUGAUUGCAAAAUGUCCUAGAAAAGCCGAUUGCAAAAAAGGAGAAUUGCUGAAGAAGUUGAAAGCUACUGUGCACUUCCCACUUGUGCACCCUCCCCCUUCCCCAGCAGCUACAAGCCGCGCAGUCCAUCAAUUUCGCGCGCACCGCCUUCCCCCCCCCCUCCACUCCCCCACUCCACGCAGACGCCCACUCGGGGCCAACGGGGUCCUCGCCUCGGCGGCGGCACGCGGCGGCGGCGGCGGAGGCGGCGGAGCACCCCUGACCGUCUGCCGACGGAUUCCCACGGUCCGGUCGACGCCGCUCUGCGCUCCCCUUUGCCCUCGCGCCGCCCCUCCACGGCCCCUCCACGCCCUCCCCUCCGCCUCUGGCUCCUAUCGCGCGCAUUGUGCGGCGGCGCGACCUUACCCCUGCGCCGCGUACGUCCACACGCGCCGCGCGCCUCCACAGCGCUCAGCUGAUGCGCCGCACAGUGGGGGCGCGCGGAGUCAGCUGGGGCGAAGCGAGUGCCAAAAACCUACCAAACUUAAUCUAAAUGACGUUUCAAAACAUUGCCGUUCGCACCCACUGUGCAUCGGCUCCCAGCGUGCCCCCUCCACGCGGCUGCUCGGCGAGGUGCGCGGCGGCGGCGGCGGCAUCAGCGUGAUUAUCAGUGAACGGGAGGGGGGAGGUGUCGGGCGAGAGGGGGACGGGAGGGGGGGGGCGCGCCCCGCGGGGCCCGGAGGGGGCCGGGCCCGGAGCCGCCCGCCCCACGCCGCCUCAGUCACCCGCCAGCCGCACUGCCCAUCGGACACGUGGUGGCAGGGCCUGCCAGCCAGCCGCGUCGCCCGCCGCUCGCCCACCCGCGCCGCCGCCCCAGUGACAGUGCUCGUUGACGGUUAG